AAAACCAAAAAAGAAAGUCAUCCGUUUUCAUUUUCUUCUUUGCUGUUUUGUGUUGUUGUGUGGCUUCCUCGGUACGGGAAGAACUCAAUCUUGUCUAUAUCUGUUUCUCUUUCGGUUUCACUUCUUCGAUCUCUUCUCACUCUCUAUAAAUUCACCAUCUUUUCAUUCUCAAUUCAAACUUCUCUUUCUUCAGGUGGUUUGGUUGCAAUCUUUGAUGCUGAAGUAGCGAAGUUUGAAGGCUUUGCUUUUGCGUGUGAAAAAAAAAAUGUUGGAAGGUGGUGCUAAGUUCCCGAUAGAUCUCAACAAAAAUAAUAACUUUUAUGAUUUUUCUCAAGGCUUUUACCACAAGCUUGGUGAGGGUACGAAUAUGUCGAUUGACAGUGUUGGGAGUUUGCAGACAAGCAAUGGAGGAGGGUCGGUUGCAAUGUCGGUUGAUAACAGCAGUGUUGGGUCGAAUGAUUCCAAUACCCGCAUGUUGGAUCAUCAAGGGUUGAAGAGGCGUGCCAAUGAUAACUACUCUGUUGCUCACAGUGCGAAUCGCCGGGGAAGAGUCACUCAUGCGUUGAGCGACGAUGCUUUAGCUCAAGCUCUGAUGGACAAUAGUUCUCCGACUGAGGGGCUUGAGAAUUUUGAAGAGUGGACAAUUGAUUUGAGGAAGCUUAAUAUGGGCGAGGCUUUUGCUCAAGGUGCUUUCGGGAAACUCUACCGAGGUACUUACAUUGGGGAGGAUGUCGCUAUCAAGAUCUUGGAGAGGCCUGAAAAUGAUACGUCGAAGGCUCUGUUGAUGGAACAACAAUUCCAGCAGGAGGUCAUGAUGCUUGCUACACUGAAGCAUCCCAACAUUGUUCGCUUCAUCGGUGCAUGCCGUAAGCCUAUGGUUUGGUGCAUCGUUACUGAGUAUGCUAAGGGUGGAUCACUUCGACAGUUCUUAACAAAGCGCCAAAACCGAUCUGUUCCCCUCAAACUGGCUAUCAAACAAGCUUUGGAUGUUGCAAGAGGCAUGUCGUAUGUUCAUGGUCUGGGAUUGAUCCACAGGGACUUGAAGUCCGACAACCUGUUGAUUUUUGGUGACAAAUCAAUCAAAAUUGCUGACUUUGGAGUCGCCCGGAUUGAGGUGCAAACUGAAGGAAUGACUCCCGAGACUGGGACCUAUCGUUGGAUGGCUCCGGAAAUGAUCCAGCAUAGGCCAUACACACAGAAGGUGGAUGUAUAUAGCUUCGGGAUUGUCCUGUGGGAGCUCAUAACAGGCAUGCUUCCAUUUCAGAACAUGACAGCAGUACAGGCAGCAUUUGCGGUUGUCAACAGGAAUGUUCGCCCACUCCUGCCCCAUGACUGUUUGCCUGUUCUCCGGGAGAUCAUGACAAGGUGCUGGGAUCCAAACCCUGACGUCAGGCCACCCUUUCCUGAGAUUGUAGCAAUGCUUGAAAAUGCAGAGAUCGAGGUCAUGACAACCGUUCGGAAGGCGAGGUUCAGGUGUUGCAUAACCCAGCCAAUGACCGCGGAGUGAUCGUCUUAAAAGCAUAUGAAAAAAAAAGAAAGUUAUAAAACAUAGACUGGAAGAAGAUAUGGGGGCAAGAUGAGAGAGACUCUGACUAUAUAAUAGCUUUGUUUAUUGUGUGUUUUAUUUCUUUCUUCUGAAAAUAUUAUCUGAAGACCUUUUAUUGAUUUGGUUUAUGUUUACCGAACCGUCUUUUGAAUUAGUAAAGAGAUGAUGAUGUAUGUUAUACUUGCAUGUAUUACAGUUAUGUAUAGCUUCUGAGGGCAAGAUGGAUUGAACAUCAUUGUCGAUAA